CAUCACAUCACCACCACAGAGCACUGCCACCGUGCCAUCAUCCAUCCUCUACCCCGGAGAGUUCUCAGAUCGGAUCGGGCUCGCCGGAGAUCGACGAUGCAUCGCGCCGCCGGCCUCGACCUGGACCUCGGGCUGGGGCUGGGGCUCGCCUCGCAGGGCAGCCUCACGUCCUCCACCACCAACGCCUCCUCUUCCCCGGCCUCGGGGUCGCACCCGCACGCGCACGCGCACUGGACCGGCACGCUCAGCUCCGUCGUCGGCGUGGCGGGCGCCGACCAGGAGUCGUACGGGCUGCACCAUUAUGCCAACCAGCAGCGGAAGGAGGAGCCGGGGAUGAGGACGUCCACGUCGCCCGAGAGCGGCGUGAGCGGAGGCAUCAAGAGGGGCCUGGAGCGCACCGGCUCCGGCGUCUUCCCCGCCGCGGGCAGCGACGAGGACGAGGACGGCGGCGACCGCAAGAAGCUCAGGCUGUCCAAGGACCAGGCCGCCGUCCUCGAGGAGUGCUUCAAGAUGCACAGCACGCUCAACCCCAAGCAGAAGACGGCACUGGCGAACCGGCUGGGGCUCCGGCCGCGCCAGGUGGAGGUGUGGUUCCAGAACCGCCGCGCCCGCACCAAGCUCAAGCAGACGGAGGUGGACUGCGAGCACAUGAAGCGCUGGUGCGAGCACCUCGCCGAGCAGAACUGCCGCCUCGAGAAGGAGGUGGCCGAGCUCAGGGCGCUCAACGCCGCACCACCAGCGCACAGCGGCGCUGCGACGGGGCCCCUCACCACCCUCACCAUGUGCCUCUCCUGCAAGCGCGUCGCGUCGUCGUCCUCUGCCUCGGCCUGCAACGUGCCCAGCUUCUCCGCCAACUCCGGCAUCGGCAUGCCAAUGCCAACCCCAGUGGCACUGCCCGAACAUCGGCAGUUCUUCUGCAGGUUCAGGGACACCGAAGUGACGUACGGCGGCUCUUCGGGGCUCGUCAAGGUGGUCAAGCCGGCCAGAUAGAACGGGUUAUCUAUGUGACGACGCCAUGAUCAGCAUGCCAAGCAAGCUAACAAAAAUGGCGGCAUUGGCACAACUCACAAACUUAAGCAAGUUUAGCAGAAAGUUUAAUCCUUGGUUUUCUCCGUCUCUGGGGGAAAUGUAAGUUCAUUAAUUCUAACAAUUUCGGGCCGAAUCGAUGGAUGAGUUCCCGCAGGGAUGAAUGUAUUCAUGUGAAAAGUUGAUAAUAACAAGAGAAACUAAUUCAUACGAGGAA